UAGCGACGACGAUAACGACGACAACGACAUCGACGACGCUGACGACCACGACAACGAGAAGGAGAACGAGAGGAGAAAGGAGAGAAGAGGAUAAGCGACGGGGUUGACAGCAGCACGUUGACAGCCGUGACAGCUCCGUCACAUGGAGCAUUGAGCGUAACCGAGCAGAGGGCCGUUCGAGAAGCAGCUAUCAUGGACCUCAACAAUGAUUUGGAUCAACACUUGCUGCACCAAUUCAGCUGUCUGGGCACCACGGACAAGGACGACCUGGUGAAACAGCUACAGAAGCUGCUGGCCGACAGCCAUCUGAACGAGACCACCGCAGCGUUUUUCCUGGAUAUGAAUAAUUGGAAUCUGCAAGCAGCGAUUUGCAGCUACAUUGAUUUCGGGAAUCCUUUUAAUACGCCAUGCAUGACGUUGAUAUGCGAUUGCACGAUUGGCGAAGGAGAGGCAGUGCCGCCCAAUACAAACUUUCAGAAAUCAUGGCGUGUACAAAACAGCGGCACGGAGACAUGGCCCAGCGGUAUUCACCUGCAGCAUUCCAGCGGUGUACAGAUGGGUUGUGCACGGAUACCUGUACCGCCGUUGGCUCCCAAAGAGACCACAGAAUUAAGCGUAACAUUGAAGAGCCCAGCUGAAACUGGCGUUCAUCAAAGUAAAUGGAGAAUGAUGACGUCUAACGGUGUCUAUUUUGGUGAUGUUAUCUGGGUGAUCAUAACGGUGAAUGAAUGCGGCACAUUGGCGGUUACUCAACAAUUGCAUCAGUUAAGUACACAGUCCAACGAUGUACAAAUGUGUUAGCCUUUGACGUACAAAAGUCUCCCAUGAGAAGUUUUACGGGAUAUUGUGCAUAAGAUGUCUCUCGAAUCGUUGUGAGGAUCGACAAUUAUUUCUAAAUUGUAUAGGUCGCUUUUUUUCACAACGGAGCUUUUGCCGCUCCUGCAAUUCUACGUAAAAA